AUGCCCCCAGGCGGCGGCGCGCCCGCCGAGCAUGCGGCGCGUGGCCCUCCCGCGGCGAGCGGCCUCCAUGCCGCGCCCGGCGCGCCCUACGCGCACGAGGAGCACGCGGCGUGCGGGCCCCCUGCGGUGCCCGGCCGCCCCGCCACGCCCGGCGCGUCCUACGAGGACGCCGCGCGCGGUCGCCCCGCCUCGCCUGGCCCGGCUGGCCCGCCCUACGCGUCCUAUGAGCACGCGGAGCGCAGCCGCCCCGCCUCGCCCGGCGCGCCCUACGCGCACGAGCACCACGCGGCGCGCGGGCCCCCUGCGGUGCGGCCCCCCCGCAAAGCCCGGCGCGUCUUCCGAGGACCGAGGACACUCGGCGCGCGGCCUUGA